AUGGCUCUCUUUAAUAAAAUUGGAUCCAUGUUCCAGGUACCAGAGGCACGUACUCAGAAUGUUUCAAUCUAUUAUUCUCCAAAGGAGGGUUACAAGGGACAAACCCAAAAAGCCAAACUGAAAAAAUCUGAUAUUGGCUCACCCAGUAACUUCAAACAUGUGACUCACGUGGGUUGGAGUUCUGUGCCGUCUUUAGAUGCUGGUUCUGAUGUUGACUUGAAGAGGCUUUUCAGCCUGGUUGGCAUUACUGAGGAUCACUUGCGAGACAGACAAAUGUCCCGUAAAAUUUUUGAAAUCAUUGAGAAGAAGGGUGGAAUGGAGGCUGUGAGAAAGGAGACUAUCAGAUUGUCAUCUGUUGAAAAACCCAGUGUUCGUAGUAGACUUCGUUCUUUGUCUUCUUCGCAGCUGACUCCAUCCAAGCGUCAGAGCUGUCCUAUUGUACCCUCUCCUUGUGCAGCGAAAAUGCCAGCCACAAUGACUCCUUCAGUGUUAAGCUAUCUUCCAUCUCUUAGCAGGGUACCACCUCCUUUACCCACACCCCCACCGUUCAUUGACUUCCCAGCAAUGUCUCCUCUUCCUCCAUUGCCUAAUUUAGAUUAUGUAUCACCUUCCUUGCGGUGUGCUUCAGGUUCUAAGUCCUCAGCUGGCUAUCCACCUCUACCGCCUAGGCCUAAUACUAGAAAGCGUUCUCAAGAUGUAUUGCUGCAGACUUCUAGCUAUUCACCUUUUAGUUCUUCUGGACAAAAGUCCUUGACUGGUUCUCAACUGCCUCCACCUCUCCCUUUACCUAAAAAAUCUUUAGGGAACCCAUAUCGUCUUACAGACCAGGAUUCUGCAAUUGAUGACACUUCUGCCCCACCACCUUUGGGGAAGCCGUUUGAUCUUCACAAAGACUCUGUAAUUUGUGAUGCUUCUGCCCCACUAUCUUAUGGGAAGCCAAAUGAUCCUCCUAAAGAAAAAGAUUGUACAACUGAAGACAUGUCUGCACUGCUGCCUCCUCCACCCCCACCUCUUCCAUUUAAUAAGAUUUCAUCAGAUAGUGAACUGUCAGCACCUACAAGCCUUUCCUGUGAUGACGUAGAUACUAUACUUCAAUUUAAGAGACAGACACAAAAUGUUGGUGCUAGAAAAAGUUCAAUGAAGCAGGCCAAAAAGUCACCACUACAUCUGAAUGAGCAGAACUUAUUCCUAGACCAGAUCAAGCAGGGAGUGCAAUUGAAGUCUGUUUCCCAUACUGCAAAAGCAGAAUCUUCCAACUGUUCCAGUAUUGUCACAGCUUUAAUGGAUGUCAUAAAGAAAAGACACAAGGCCAUACAGUCAUCUGAGGACGAAGCAGAAGAUGAUUGGGAUGACUAGCAAUUCUUGAUGGUGUGGUGGACUUGCCACUGAUUUUCAUGUUUUUUAAAAGGCUGUCACUA